GGGGCGGCCGGGCGGCCGGGGCGGGGCUACACUCGGGUCCCGCGUCCUGCUCCCAUGGCCGCCCCCGGCUCCCCGCGCUGCCCCCUUUACCCCGGGCCGCGCCCCGGGGCCCCGCACUGACGGCCCAUGGCGCCGCCCGCCGCCCGCCUCGCCCUGCUCUCCGCCGCGGCGCUCACGCUGGCGGCCCGGCCCGCGCCUAGCCCCGGCCUCGGCCCCGGACCCGAGUGUUUCACAGCCAAUGGUGCGGAUUACAGGGGAACACAGAACUGGACAGCACUACAAGGCGGGAAGCCAUGUCUGUUUUGGAACGAGACUUUCCAGCAUCCAUACAACACUCUGAAAUACCCCAACGGGGAGGGGGGCCUGGGUGAGCACAACUAUUGCAGAAAUCCAGAUGGAGACGUGAGCCCCUGGUGCUAUGUGGCAGAGCACGAGGAUGGUGUCUACUGGAAGUACUGUGAGAUACCUGCUUGCCAGAUGCCUGGAAACCUUGGCUGCUACAAGGAUCAUGGAAACCCACCUCCUCUAACUGGCACCAGUAAAACGUCCAACAAACUCACCAUACAAACUUGCAUCAGUUUUUGUCGGAGUCAGAGGUUCAAGUUUGCUGGGAUGGAGUCAGGCUAUGCUUGCUUCUGUGGAAACAAUCCUGAUUACUGGAAGUACGGGGAGGCAGCCAGUACCGAAUGCAACAGCGUCUGCUUCGGGGAUCACACCCAACCCUGUGGUGGCGAUGGCAGGAUCAUCCUCUUUGAUACUCUCGUGGGCGCCUGCGGUGGGAACUACUCAGCCAUGUCUUCUGUGGUCUAUUCCCCUGACUUCCCCGACACCUAUGCCACGGGGAGAGUCUGCUACUGGACCAUCCGGGUUCCGGGGGCCUCCCACAUCCACUUCAGCUUCCCCCUAUUUGACAUCAGGGACUCGGCGGACAUGGUGGAGCUUCUGGAUGGCUACACCCACCGUGUCCUAGCCCGCUUCCACGGGAGGAGCCGCCCACCUCUGUCCUUCAACGUCUCUCUGGACUUCAUCAUCUUGUAUUUCUUCUCUGAUCGCAUCAAUCAGGCCCAGGGAUUUGCUGUUUUAUACCAAGCCGUCAAGGAAGAACUGCCACAGGAGAGGCCCGCUGUCAACCAGACGGUGGCCGAGGUGAUCACGGAGCAGGCCAACCUCAGUGUCAGCGCUGCCCGGUCCUCCAAAGUCCUCUAUGUCAUCACCACCAGCCCCAGCCACCCACCUCAGACUGUCCCAGGUAGCAAUUCCUGGGCGCCACCCAUGGGGGCUGGAAGCCACAGAGUUGAAGGAUGGACAGUCUAUGGUCUGGCAACUCUCCUCAUCCUCACAGUCACAGCCAUUGUAGCAAAGAUACUUCUGCACGUCACAUUCAAAUCCCAUCGUGUUCCUGCUUCAGGGGACCUUAGGGAUUGUCAUCAACCAGGGACUUCGGGGGAAAUCUGGAGCAUUUUUUACAAGCCUUCCACUUCAAUUUCCAUCUUUAAGAAGAAACUCAAGGGUCAGAGUCAACAAGAUGACCGCAAUCCCCUUGUGAGUGACUAAAAACCCCACUGUGCCUAGGACUUGAGGUCCCUCUUUGAGCUCAAGGCUGCCGUGGUCAAUCUCUCCUGUGGUUCUUCUCUGACAGACUCUUCCCCUCCUCUCCCUCUGCCUCGGCCUCUUCGGGGAAACCCUCCUCCUACAGACUAGGAAGAGGCGCCCUGCUGCCAGGGCAGGCAGAGCCUGGACUCCUCCUGCUUCAUCGGUUGCACUUAGGAGAGAGACUCAAAGCCCUGGGGCCUGGCCCUCUCUGCAUCUCUCUCUGAUCUAGCUAGCAGUGGGGGUGUCAGGACAGUGAGGCUGAGAUGACAGAGGUGGUCAUGGCUGGCACAGGGCUCAGGUACAUUCUAGAUGGCUGUCAGGUGGUGGGUAGGUUUAGUUACAUUGAAUUUUUCUUGCUUCUUCUCUAUUUUUGUCCACACACAAAUCAGUUUCUCCUGGUCUUUAUGUCUUGGAACAGGGCCAGGCAGGGAGAACUCUCAGGUACUCUUGGGAGUUGGUCCCAUACAAGUGCGGACUCCUGGACAUUAGCGAGGUGUAAAGAGGGCGGUGUCUGUGCUGCCCCGGCAGCUUUGCUCUCCAGAUGCUGGACUAGGGUGGGCCUCCUUCAGCCUGGGAGGGUCUGAGAAUAAGAUCUAGUGACCCCCAUUUAUAUCAAACCUGAUACCUUACACAUGGGCUUCUUUCUAGAUUCUUCUUUCCAUAGCUCAUGGAGCUGCAGGGAAAGCUUUAAGAGCUUUGGUCAUAUAAAACAUCCAUUCAGCUGGGCGCGAUGGCUCAUGCCUGUAAUCCCAGCACUGUGGGAGGCUGAGGUGGGCAGAUCACCUGAGGUCAGGAGUUCGAGACCAGCCUGGCCAACAUGGUGAAACCCCGUCUCUACUAAAAGUAUAAAAAUUAGUCAGGCAUGGUGGCAGGCGCCUGUAAUCCCAGCUACUCAGAAGGCUGAGACAGAAGAACAGCUUGAACCCAGGAGGCUGAGGUUGCAGUGAGCCGAGAUCGCACCACUGCACUCCAGCCUGGGUGACAAGAGUGAGACUCUGUCUCAAAAAAACAAAACACAAAUAAACAAAAAAAAUCCAUUCAUUUUCUCAUGCAAUAAAUUCUCCUGCAAGCUUUUAUGGGCACACAAGUAAGUACUCAGGAUGGGCUUUAUCAGCCUUGCCACUGAGCAGCUCAUGGUCCUAUGGAACCUGAGCCAGGCCUCAGUCUCUCCAUGAUUGGCUCAGCUAACUCUCAGUUCAGAGUGGAGAGUAUCAAUCUUGUGUUUUUGUCCUUAAGCAGCACUAUAUGAGACAUGGGGCCUGUGGUCCUUCCUUCUGGUGUCCCCCGUGUUAAAAGAUAAAAAACACCCCAAGGGCCGGGCGCGGUGGCUCAUGCCUGUAAUCCUAGCACUUUGGGAGGCUGAGGCGGGUGGAUCACGAGGUCAGGUGAUCGAAACCAUCCUGGCUAAGACGGUGAAACCCCGUCUCUACUAAAAAUACAAAAAAUUAGCUGGGCGUGGUGGUGGGCGCCUGUAGUCCCAGCUGCUCGGGAGGCUGAGGCAGGAGAAUGGCGUGAACCCGGGAGGCGGAGCUUGCAGUGAGCAGAGAUCACGUCACUGCACUCCAGCCUGGGCAAUAGAGCAAGACUCCGUCUCAAAAAAAAAAAAAAAAACACUCCAAGGGCCAUCCGUGCUCUCUGCCCCUCCUGUGGGGACCAAGUGGGGUUAGGAAUGGCUCAGUGGGGAAGGAGAGCACUCUUGUCCCCAGUCCCAUGCCACCCUGUCCCUUAGAUAGGGAGGUGGGCUGCAGAGAUUGGUGUCAGGAGAGGGUGGGUUUGGGAAUUGGAGCUCCUCCAAGGAGCUCCUCCUAAGAUUGAGUGCUGCAGCUGUAGUGGCUGCUGGUUGGGAGAGUAAGUGCCAUCACUAAUUUAAAAGUCCUUGCCAUCUGGAAUCAGGCUUUGUCAACAGCAGCUGAGAAAAGCAGCCUAUGCCUCUGCUGGCCAGGCCUAGGCCCUCGUCAGAGCGUGCGUCUCCACAAGGCACUCGGGCCUGGGUGAUUGUUGCGCCUCUGGCUUUGGCGUUUCCUCUUUGCAGCACUUUGCCUACCUCCCCCAAGCCCUGAGCCACUGCCUGCUGGGGCUCCUACUGAGGUUCUGGAAACACCUCUGCACCUGCCGCCCCUCGGAGGAAAGAGGGCCACACAGGAAGUGUCUGCAGGGAGAGGUGACACUCGGCAGCCUGAGUUCAGGAGAGGUGCUUGGAGCUUCAGGCAGAGGGGCCUUCAGAGGAGGGAAACGGAGCAAUGUGUCACAGGCAGGCAGGGGCAGGACUGCCACCCCAGGCCCUGUGGGAGUCCUGCUGAGGGCACAGAGCUGCUCGGUGCAGCCUUCAUGCUUUGAUCUGGAAAGAGCAGCUGUCCGCAGGCCUCUGUCUCCAAGAGGCCUGUCACACAGGAGGACCACUGGAAACAUACCAACACGUGCAGUCUCCCCUCCAAGCUAUUCAUGCUGUUUGUGGAAUCUCUCUCAAACACAAGUGUCAGGUGUGUGUCGUCCCAACGGGUCCUGUGCUGUGAAUAGAUCCAUGUGCAGCACAAAGGGAAUGUGGCACGUGGCCCCAGGAAGAGUUCACCCGGCCAGGGGGCAGUUGUUCAGUUGCCUGGGGCUGACACUGACCACUGGCCUCUGGGGUGUCCUGCAGCCCAAAUGCCCACCUUGCCCUCCUCACAUCUCAGUCAGGGGAGGCCAUGCCCAAGCCAAUGUGCUGUCGCAGCCUGCAGCGGGGGCAGCGCUUCCUUGGAGGGCCUGGGAGGUGCUGGGGAUGCCCCAGCGCUUCUCUUCCUGCCUGGCCCUGGCAUGGCCCAGCGCCUCUAGGAUCAACUUACGAUCCGUGGAGCAGCCCCGGGAAACCCAAAUCUGGCUCAGGACAGCGUACGGGCAGGAGGGCUGUAAAUCAUCCCAGGCUAAGCCUCCAUGGGCACUGGCUCCUGCCGCAGCCUGGCUACGGGCUCAGUUAGAACCAGGUAGAAAGUCAGCGACACCCCACAGAAGGCCACUGCGGCUAAGUAAACACCUGAGAAAGAAACUGCUCCAGAAGAGAUGACGUGGGCUUCCAGGAGCAUGGAGGAGGUGGCACUUGAACUUUUAGGAAACUCCUUAGAUGAGAUAAAGUGGGGGUUGGAGGUGGCGAAAAGAGGGUAACCCUGGGAAAGUCAAAGUCAGAACCCAUGGCAGAAGACUGCAGGAGAGGCAGGGGAGGGGCUUUGGGGACCACUGUGGACGGAGCUCUGAAAGCACCCUGGCCAAAGCCUCUCCUGAGGUGACAGAGCGUGGGAGGAGGCUGCACUGGGCCUGCGUGCCAUCCUCACCCCUGUUCCCCGCUGGCGCCAGGCUCUGCCUUCUUGGUACCUGUGCCAACAGGAGAGCCCUCACCAGCUGAUCUUGUCACUCUCCGUGGUGACAGUGCCUUGGCCAGCUGUGGCCCCUAGUUUCUAGCAGCGUUUCUCAGUGUCCUUGGCCCUUCUGAGAAGGCAGGCGGGAGGCACACGGUGCCCUGUUCUUCCCCGUUUGUCCAGUUGCUUGCAAAACAGAGAAUGAGUAGGAAUGAACCCGAGUGCCUUCAACCGCCCUGUCCCCCACGUCAGGACAGGCUUGAGGCCUCUCUGGGCGUGAGCGAGGAAACCAGGCUGCUCUAACUUCUGAAGAGUGGGCUCUGGCUCAAGACUCCAAUCGGCCAGAAGCCCACAGAGAUCAAAGCACUAGCAAGUUCAGCUGUCCUGGCCCUCGGGUAGAACCCACGGGCGUGCCUGGGUGCGGCUCCACCCACAUGCCCCACUGUCAGCCCAGGCAAGAGCCUUCCUGGCCGGGCUCAGGAUCUGCCUGCAGCCCAGCCAGGCCAUCACCCAGCCCCGAUGCGUCCUGGCACUGCACGCUUACUCUUCACAAGCACUUAUACGCGGAUGGCCUCCGAGACCCUGCCUCCCUGGUCUGCUGAGGCCAGGCCAGGUCUCCCAUGGAGCCGGGCAGCUCCACACCCCCACCACCUGGCACCGUUAGGUUUCAGAUCUCCCGUGUGGUGUUUGAUGUCGGCUUUUGUUCCUACCUUGGGAGUUUGGAUUGUUUCCUCUGGUGUCUUUGUUUACCUUCCUCACUGUUCUACCUCCUGGCCAGGUCUCAGCUUAGCUUCCCUGGUGUGGGGUGUUUUUCAAGCCUUCCAGCCACAGCUGUCUCCCCUCAGGCUGGACGGCUCCGGGGUGACAGGGCUUCACCCUCUGCCUGCAGACCCCUGGUGGGCACAUCUCACAGGCUUCCGUCUUGCUGAGUUGGGUACGGAGGCAGAGUGGGGUGUGGAGGAAAGUCAGAGGGAAAUCUGCUUCAGAAAGGAAGGGUCUUUAGACACAAAGACUGGAGGCCCUUCCCCGCCCGCACGGGAGCUGCCAUCGUGGGGCUCAUGCACGUCAAGACCUUCCCACAUCCAAACUCAGCUUCCAGCAGGGAUUUUGACUUUGGAUGACAAGGCUUUAUUUGUAAAUAUGCUCUUAAUAUGCAACUUUGAGAAUAAAAUAGAAACAUCAUGUAUUUUAAAAUAUAAGAUGAAGUGUGACGCACUGUAUACAAUUUAAUAUAUAUUUUUAGGAUUUUGUUAUUUAAGAAAAUGGAAUGUAAUGGUACUUUUACAAAAGAGAAAAAAUGUUAUUUUUACUUUCUGGAAAAAAUAAAUAUUCUCAUUGUUGUAGAAAGA